AUGGCCAGCGUAUCACGAGCAGAUCGUCCGCCGCAAGGACGGCCUGAGCUGGCUGACCAAAGAAAAUCAGCAGGACCAGCCCUCCGUGACCACGUUGGGCUGGCGACCUUCGUGCUCGGCACGCCGUUGGUGAAGUCGGGCCACGCGGGACGCGAUGCUCAACUGCGGCUGAUGAAGUUUGUGCCACCGACAAUGUUCAAGCUUCUCGCGGCCUCACACGCGUGCCUCACCACCGACAGUUCCACCAGCGACGCCGCGGGCAUCGGCAGCGACGACAACUACGUCUCGUCCACGGACGACUCGGCGUCGGUCGGCGACAGCGACAAAGACAACAAUGACGACAACGACGUCACCGAUUCGAACAGCGCCAGCGCGGACGCCGCCACCCUCCAGAGCAGCGCCGAGAGCGCUUCGACCAGCAGUGACGCAAGGAACGACGCACCAGCGUCACGGCCCUCGGCCAGGGCGCUGAGGCGUCUACGCAAGGAGCGUGACUACCCGUUCCGUCACUCGAUCGGUGACCUUUUCGACAAGCCCGAACACGCCGAGACCGCCAAGUCUUUACGCAGUGCAUUUGCGUUUAGUAUUGAUAGGCACUUCCGCUUUGUGAAGGCGCUCCGAAACCUGAUUCCGGACGCUGCCGACCACCGUGCAAGGAACCUUCUGCACCGUCUCUCGGAACUGAUUCUGGUACCGCUUGUCGACCAGUCGGAGCAUCUCUGUACGUAUCUCGACCGCAAGAUCCUGGAGUACUCGACUGGCACACCGGCGCCGGGUCCGAGUGCACCUGCUCGCGCGGCGUCUCCGUAUCCGAUGACUCCUGUGGAUGACGGUCCGCCAGCGUCGAGCCAGGAGGCUGCGGUGCCGUCGCUUCCGUCCUGCGCCGAGCGGUCCACUGCCGGCUUCACGGGCUUCGCCUUCGUCGCCGACCGGGAUCCGGGAUCCUGGGACUUCGUCGACGCUCUUGUCUCCGGGGUCCGCCUGCAUCGCCGUCCCUUCACCGAUGUCGACGGCGCUUCGACGGUAGUCUCGGGGGAUCUAUGGUCUGGUGGUGGGCUGCGUCUUGAUUCACGUCGGGCUACCGCGCCGCCUCCUGCUCCGAGUCCCGAACGCCAGCGGGGCCCUGGCCAGCGUCACUUCGGCGUCGAUCGCGACCACACGCGGGGCACCGCCCCUCUCUCCCUGGACGGCUCCUCGGGCCCGGGGCCAUUGGCACCUGUCCUUCACGCGGGUGUUUCUCCAUCCGUGGCACAGAGCGUCGGUCGAGAGAUUGCGCGAGCGCACCUGGUGGGGUCGGGUUCCUCCGCACUGUCCUCCAGCGACCAGCAACUUUGGCAGGCAUUCCUGGCCCCGCCACGGGGACUCGCUUCGCCUGCAGUGGGUGGGGCUAUCCACAUCGCUACGCGCGAUGCGGACAAGUCGGCGCUCAGCACGCUUCUGGGACUUCCGCCUUCACAGCCUCCGUCGACGCCUCCUAUCGCGUACGUGCCUCUAACUGCUGUCGAUGUCCGGGGCCUGGUGGCCGAUCGAUCGGGCGCUGCGCGGAUUCGGGACAUAGAGGGUAUCGCUCACUUGGCCGUACGGGUGCCAGGGUUCACGGCACACGAACUCCAGACGCUAGCAGAGCUGCUUCCUCCUGGCGACGAGACAGCCGGUGACAUCCUGGUACCCAGCAGGUUGAUCGGGGCAUGUGACACCAUGGCUCCUGGUUCCCGAGGGCGAGCGGCUGAGAUCCAAGCCGAACCGCUCAUCGACUUGUUCGGACCCGAUCACUUCGGCUUCAGAGUGCUUAACACUCUUCGGUCCCGACAAUUCGCGUUGGGUCGAGUCGAAGAUCUGACAGAAGUUUGCCGUCAUCAAGACGCCGACGUCUCGGAAGAUUGCUUGACUUGCCGGAACCUGAAUCUGGCACUACGUCGUUCCCAGGAAAACCGGCGAAAGGAGGGCGCUCAGUGGCGUGCGAGAGUUGCCAAACUCAGGGGCGAUCUGCGAGGCGAAUAUAACGCACUCGUCGAGAAAACCAGACUCAUCUUGCAAGCUGAACAUGACGAUCUGCGGCGAGCCCAGGAGCAGUUGGUCUUGGCUGAGGUGGACAGCUCCAAAGCGCGUCGAGAUCUGGCCGUCCUUGCCGCUGAGCAGGGGAACUCGAGCAGGAUGUCGCGCGGCUCCGACGCGAGAACACUCGACUCGAAGCAGAGAAAUGCAAUCGGUGACUGGGAAGCUUUUCGCGAUGUCGUCGGGGCCUUUGAGCGAGGUCAGCCGGUGCCGUGCCAGCUCUCCGUGACGGUUACUCGACUGGAUGGUGGUGGUUCAGGGGCGCCGUUCCCGGAGCCCUCGACUCCCUCGACUCCUUCCGUUCCUGAUCGUGGUCUCGCGCAGGACCGGCCCGCACCUGGUGACGAAGUGCCACGUCCAGCCCUGGGCCGCUUGCCUCGGGACCAAGGCCCAUCCAGGGAUGACGUUACUGAGGAUCGACAGGGCCAUGACGUGCCCGGGAUUCUGGUCUCCAUCCGGGGUCUUGGAGUCGAUGGGUCCAGCGCCUCUGGGGCACGGGAUCAUUCGGCUGAUCUUCCUCGGCUACCAGGGCGCCGGUACCAGGGCCUCAAAGCCGUCGUCAGUCGCGAGGUUCGGUCGGGAGUCACUGGGGGCAUCUCGUCGAGGGAUUGCUAUCAAGUCCGGGAGCGUAGACAGCACUCGGCAGUCCGGGACAUAGAGGUUGUUGAGAUCGCCGAUGACUCGGACUUGGACACCGACGUGGGUCUCGACUCCUCAGGGACCCGGAUGUCAAGCGAUGGGUCUCGCCAGGUCAGACCUGUUGGGUACGCCCCUGAAACCAAUCGACGAAGUGCUCGUUACCGCGCUAUCGACUCGGAUGCCGACCCUCCUCGACCUGACUCCGAAAUCCAAAGCCUGCUCUCUUCCGGGUGUGCCCUCGAAGAUAGGGACCUCCAACAGUCCCAGGACAUCGUUCGGGGAGUCCGGGCGGAUAUUAUGUUGAUACACACGAUGCUCCGGGAAAACGUACUGAUCGAGGUGCUGCGUCGACUGCUCUGCCUCGGGAUCCUGGACGACGUGUGGUGGACCCGUCAUGUCCCUGAAAAAUACUUUGUGGCCGCAGUGGUCCUGGCUAACGCGUCUCGCUGGGAGGUCGAUGCGAGUCGCCCCUGGUCGGCGAUACCCACGGAGCGCUUGGACUCGCCGACGCCUUCCAAUUCAGAGUCGGACGCCUCAGUCACUGAUGAAAGACGACAUGGUGGGGCCUCACGAUCACGGAAGAGAGUUCUGGGUUCGUCCGGCCCCGGGACUGGUGGUCAGGAUAUGGUUCCAGCAACUCCAGCGUCCAAACGGGGGCGCUCAGGCGCACAUCGACGGGAAACUCGUCCCGCACAAGGAAACCAAGAGGGGCAACUGGCUCGGGCUCGAGAACAAGCUCUAGGCUCCCGUGACGUCGAACCGCCGGAACCAGGAGCACCGUCGUGGAUCGUGUAUGGCGUGCGCGUGACGCGGGCGAAAGUUCGCCACGGCGGGCUACAGUCGCUGGGGUUCGCGGAUUACCAGUGCCUCCGAGGAAGCCUUCACCUAGUCCAGAAGCGACUUCUCACCGGCGACUACAUCGGCCUAUUGACAGUGACGAGCACGCAGCCCUUGCUGCCUUGGGACAUCAUGUUCCAGCGUCGAAUCACAGUCUUCUGUUUCUUCAAGCAGUAUUCGGCGAUGAGCUCGGGACUUCGGAGCCUUGUCAUUGAGUACGUCGCACACAUGCGCGAGUGGCGUCGAGCAUUCUGGGAGCGUACGCACUGGGUGGAGAACGAUCGCAGCGAUCCUGCCGUAUCGCAGUUGUACGCGGAUCGCCGUCGCCGACAACAUGCGUGGGCCGGGGCCUGGAAGACCCUUCGUGCGCAAAUCGAGAAACUCCCCGAGGUCGAGCGUGUGCUCUUCGAGCAGGAGCCCGGGCUCUGGCGUCGUCCACACUUGAUCUGUACCUGGAUUUUGAUGGACAAGUCCGCUGACUACCCGCUCGCGGAACAGCUCGAGCUCCUGGAUUCGCGUGAGCCGGCUCGCGCCUACUGGUCCGUCCCUGAUUCAAGCGCCCGGAUUGCGGAGAGUGUUGACGUAGAGGUGUGGAGUGCCAGGGUUGAUAACGCUAACGAGCGUGCGUCUCGCGUGAUACCGGUGCCUCCUGCCAUGCCUCCUGUUUCGUGA